ACGGCGGCGCUGACAGAAGCUGCCGCUGGAGCCUGGGGCGUGUGUGAGGCGGGGGCCGCCGAGCGAGGAGCCGGGGCCGCAGCGGGGCCGCCGCCAUGGCCGCGGGCUGGUGAGGGCGGCCGGGCGCGAUGUUCGUGCAGGAGGAGAAGCUCUUCGCCGGGCGGGUGCUGAGGCUCCAUGUCUGCUCCGUGGAGGGCGCGGAGUGGCUGGAGGAGGUGCCCGAGGACACGACGGUGGAGAAGCUCAAGGAGCGGUGCUUGAAACACUGUGUACCUGGGAGCUUAGAGGAUCCAAAAAGCAUAACGCAUCAUAAAUUGAUCCACGCUACUUCAGAGAAGGUCCUGACAGAUACAAAAACAGUCUUGGAGGAAAACAUUCAAGAUAAAGAUGUCUUGUUGUUGGUAAAGAAGCGAGCUCCCCCUCCACCUCCCAAAAUGGCAGAAGUAUCAGCAGAGGUAAAAAGGAAGCAGGAACAGAAAGCUCCUGAUAAGGAUGCUAUUAUCAAAGCAACAGCAAAUCUGCCCUCUCGCAAUGUAGAUCGCACUGUGGCCCACCACAACAUGAGGGAUUUCCAGACUGAGCUCCGGAAGAUCUUAGUUUCACUUAUAGAAGUUGCGCAGAAAUUGCUAGCACUGAACCCAGAUGCAGUUGAACUAUUUAAGAAGGCAAAUGCCAUGUUGGAUGAGGAUGAGGAAGACAGAGUGGAUGAAAUAGCCCUGCGCCAGCUUACAGAAAUGGGGUUUCCAGAGAGCCGAGCUGUCAAAGCCCUUCGGUUAAACCAUAUGUCAGUGACACAAGCAAUGGAGUGGUUGAUAGAACACGCGGAUGACCCCACGGUUGACGCACCGCUUCCAGGUCAAACCUCAUUAGAAGCUGCCUCUGAAGUGGGUGCUUCCUCUGCUGGAGCAAUUGCUGGUCCUAGUUUGGAAGCUGGUGGGGAAGAGCCCAAGGAUGAACUGACGGAAAUAUUCAAGAAGAUCCGCAGGAAAAGAGAAUUUCGUCCGGACCCACGAGCUGUCAUUGCCUUGAUGGAGAUGGGCUUUGAUGAAAAAGAAGUGAUAGAUGCACUCAGAGUAAACAACAACCAGCAAAACGCAGCUUGUGAAUGGCUGCUGGGAGACAGACAGCCAUCUCCAGAGGAUUUGGAUAAAGGAAUUGACACCACUAGCCCUCUCUUCCAAGCCAUCCUAGAAAACCCAGUGGUACAGUUAGGGCUAACGAACCCUAAAACGCUGUUAGCCUUUGAAGAUAUGCUUGAAAACCCCUUAAACAGCACUCAGUGGAUGAACGAUCCAGAGACAGGACCUGUCAUGCUACAGAUCUCUCGAAUCUUUCAGACGCUGAACCGCACGUAGAGGGGAAUGCCGAUCCACUGUGCCACUUCUUGCUGUCUCUAGCUUCACGUUUCCUGAACAAGAGGGAACAUAGAUUUUUGGGGGUGGGGAGGGGGGAGAAUGAAGGGGGGGGUCUGAGGGAAGAAGGUAGCAGAGGAAGCAAAAUAGCUUUUUGUUGUUUGGAUAGGCACUCUCAAAUAAGAGUGUGUGUAGUUAUGGCCAUCCUGAAGUUAAUAGCCUUGUGGAUUUAGUGUUAGCGGAAGAGGUUUGAAGACUUGUUCUGGGGGUUUUUUUGCUUUCAGAUGGUAGGUUGAAAAUGAAAUGUAUAUCCAAAUACAGGAAAAAAGCUUUGUAACACAACUGAGCAUCUGAUUGACUGACAGAGAAAGUAAUAAGAUGACAUUGCCUCAUGUUUCAAUCUUCUUGCUCAAAAGGCCUAUGACAGCAGUUUUACUAGCCAGUGGUUAUAGCAGCAUCUGCCUAGUGUUUACAAAAGGUCACUGACCACUAUCAUAGGAUAAUAAUCAUACUAUUCAUCUCUAUACAGUGUUAAUUUAUGUCUAUAUCAAAAUACAAAAUAUUUUUUAAAUUGACACUUAGGAAUUUGUUUUUUAAAAUAAGUCCAAAUGUUGAGAGAAGAACAUGUUUUUAUCCAGACUUCUGUCUUACAUUUUAUUUUAAUUUAAACAGAAUAAUUCAUAGAUGGAAUUUCUUUAAUUAAUAAAUAGUGUUACUUUUUCCUAUUUAUUUUCUGCGUUAGUGUUGUUCCAGUCCUGUGGACUCAUGUGUUUGCAGGAGAUUUCACUCAACUAGAUUAAAGAUGCAGUAUCUCCUUUCACAAAAAUGUAACUUGCCAUUCCAGCAGUUUGGCUCUCAAGUGCUACAGUUCAUAGGUUUGUCCUGUUUUAACAUAUCUUAGUUUGAAAGGUGACAUGUUUCUAUGUAGCUUUGCAUUUCUGAAUGUAUAUUUUAGGAAAGGAGUUCUGUUUUGCAGGCAUCUUCCUUUUCAAACUCUGCUUGCAAUGCCAAAAGCUACUAACUUGGUUUUUAAUUGCUACUAACCUGCAAAAUGAAACAAGAAUCCGUACAAAAGUAUUUAGGUUUGUAUCCUGUUUUUGCUUGCUUGUUGUAUAAAACACACUUGAAAUGAUUGCCCUAUUCCAAAUAAGGAUUUUUCCCCUGCUUGUACUUUACCUUGGAAAUAUCAGGAAUUUCAAGUCUUGUCUUCCCUUGUCUUUAUUGGAAGACUUGCUGGAGGUCUCAGAUGUGUAUUGUGAGUUUUGUCAGCCUGCUAACUAAAAGAGUACACAUGCUGAAUCUCGCACAUUGAUCUCUUCUUCCAACUAUUUAUGCUGCAGUUGAGUUACACAGGUGGUGAUAGAAUUUUUAAAUAGUUGGACUAAAAAUCAUUUCCCUUUUCCAUCAAGUUUCACUUGCUUGGUAUCUGCAGUGUAAUUAACAAAUCCUCCACUAGUCUAUAUAGUCUGCCAUGAAAAACAGGGUAAACAAGACCUAGAUUUCUAAUGUAAAAAGUAUGCUGAGAAAAUUAAACCUUUUAAGCUUUCAUUAGCCACCAUAAAGGUGUGUGUAUGUUUUGUGAGAGGAUAUUCUGCAUAACUUUGUAGGUCACCUUUUAAAGUGAUCUUACUGAGGGCAUCUAGAUUCACACCUAAACCACAGAACAAGUUUUGGCCUGAUCUUGGCAUCUGAACUGUAGUAAUAUGCAGCUGAGACCCAGAAGUUGCCAAUUUCACAUAAUUAAUGUGAUGGGUGGGGAAGUCAGUCACUCAGAUCUUAUCUUUACAUACUAUCCCAGUUUUAUUUUUGGCUUUUGUAAUAUCAUUAACAGUCUGUUGCACUUAAACAGAUUUCUGUAAGGCACUUACAAAUUUCCAAAUCCAAAAGUAACCAUUUUCAGCACCCCUGUUUUUCUUUCAACCCGUUCUUGGCAUCCUCGAAACUUAAUUGCAGUUUUGGUUUUAAAAUCUGAGUCUGAUUCUUCAAUGCAGUAAUUACUCAAAUUAGUCAAAUUUCAUUUCAUUGCAACUACUCAUGUGAGUAAGGGUUAUAGAUAUUAUAAUAAGAAUAAUAUUUAAGCAAGUUUCCUGAUACUGAAGGAUUUCAGUUGUUCGUUCGAUCAGGCUUUUUGUUUUGCACUGGUUUCCUUGAACUACUACCUGAAGAUGUUAUUACUUGAAGUUCUAAGCAUUUGAGGCACUGAUAUGUAUGAUAUUCCCUCUUCCAUCCAAGUUCUUGUAAAUAAUCAGUGCUUGUUUCUACAGGACAAUAUUAGGUAGAACCACCAUCAUGUGAUUAUACUGAUUUCCUUACUAAACAAGAAUUAUUCCAGACUGCGGUUCUGAAUGUAUUGGACACAAGUUGAGACAGCGGCAUGUCCUGUAAUAACUUAUGGUCUGAUCAUGUUCCUAUUAAGUCAUGCCCAAGCUCCCAUUAACUUUCAUGCGGUAAGAUCAGACACUUUUAAAGUAAUUUAUAAACCGAUUCCACAAAGAACUAACGCAUUGUUUUUAUCUACAUAUCCUUCAUACUUCAGCCUUCUCUUUCAAGGAGCAGAAUGAUUCACUUUUAGACUGUGUAAGUUCUGCUGCUUGUAUAACUCUGUAUUAUCCCCAUGGCAAUGGACUUGAGUUAGAUUGUAUGGUUUCAUCACUGUCUGUUACUGAACAGGGUGUAUUUGUUUCUGUCAGGCUUAUCUAGGUGACACAAGUACAUCAAAACUGCACUUGUUGGUGUGUCACAACUGGUUCAACACAUCUUUUAAAAUAGCUUUCAAUAGAAUUGCAGUAGAGAAACUGAAAUAAAUGAAGGCAAGAAUGCCUUGUGUAUCUGCUUACCUAGUAAAAUUAAUAUGGCAACUAUGAUAUAAGAAACCUUGUGAUUAAAGGAAUACUGCAUCUUUAAAAAAAACUAAAAAGUUUGAGGACAUGCAGUUUUAGACCCUAUUAUUUCAGAGCUUUACACCUGUACAGUAUAAGUGUAGGAGAGAGGCUGGUUAUUAUAAAGUGUCCUCCAGCCUUGGUUUUUUCAUAUGGCUUUUUUAUUUUUAAAUGCUGCUUGACUUUUGAAAACACAAGUUUCCAGUGGCCAAUAUAUGGGAUUAGUGGAAGGUUAUAUGGAUUUAAUGUUUUUCAGCAAGAUUUAGGCAUGAAUAAAGAUGUACUUAACUAUGUCAAUUCAAAUGUAACUUAGAAUGCCACUUAAGGAAUCAGUUGAUUCAGCUCAUUAAUAUGAAUGUCUGACACUAAUACAAGCUGUGUGCUGCCAGUGCCUCUGGAGCUAGAAGUACAGUGGCAUGUCCUGUGAGCUGGAUGGGUUGCUACUCCAAGGUUACUAUUGCUUUUUAAGUCCAUUGUGGUUGCAGUUGUGGCAAUUCUCCUGUGCUUUCUAGAAUUCUGAAAGCAUAAAAAUCCCUAUAUUGACUAUUAGGCUGGGAUUCAGCAUUUGCAGGGGCUGGUUCCAGGUAGUGUCAUGAUGAAAGGAUUGUGAGUUCAAACCUGCAAAACCACAAGAGUCUUGGGAGUAGACCUUUUUUAAAAAUCAAUGGAAUUACUUGUGUGAGUAAGUAGUAGUUGCGUGAGUAAGGAUUUGCAGGUUUGAGCCAUGUGCUUGCAUGUCUGAAGUCCCGAUUAAAGUUAGCAAAGAGAUUAGCAGUGGUGCUGGCUUCAUUGUAAAGUGUCUUAUUGCAUCAUCAGAACUAGGUCAAGGGAAAAAGUGGAAGAUGGAUAAAACCAAGGAAAAAUGAGGAUAUGAGCCAGUUUAAUGAACUGUACAAGAAUGUGAUUUGCCAUACAGCACUGACCACAAAGAAGCACUAGUGAAGUUAUACUGUAAGGUACUAUGACUUUUCAUUUCACCGGUGUAUAGAAUGGGUACAGUACAUAGUUUUUAUAUGGAAUUGACACUGAUGUGUGGCAUGCGCAGUUGUUUUUAAGAUGUAAUGUUACUUUUAUUAAGUUUAACUUGGGUCAACAUCAACAAACCUAUAGAAUUCAGGGUUCAUUCUAAAACUUACUAGCAUGGGUCAGUGAUCUGCUAUACAUCUGCAGAAAGAUUCAGCAACGACUAGUGCUAAUACUAAACAUUUAUCACCCAUUUUUGCUUUAAUAUGAUUCUGACCAAAAGAGAAUCAAUUCUGCAUUGUUACUAAUCUGAUCCCUUUUAAACAGUCAGGCUGUUGUCUGCAGAAAUGUAUUCUGAGAGACCAUCACAAGUGUUAAGUUGGUGUGGCUUUGCUGGUAACUAUUACCCACGUUAGUAUGGCUAAGUUGGACCCAUGAGCGUGAUUAGAAUGAACGCUGAGUCUUUUAAACCUACACACGCGCACUCUGAGAAUGAUCUGGUAAUGUGUGUUGUACAUUUAUAACAUCUUCAAAUAAUAAAGUUUUUUGAUUUAUUA